AUGAUAAUAAUUAAAAAUAAUAAUAAUUAUAGUAAUAAUAAUAAUUUAAUAUUCUUUAAAAUUGUAAAAAAUAAAUUAUUAGUUAAAAAGAUAUUAGAGUAUAUAAAAAUAAUAUCGGAUGUUCACUUUUUUUAUGGUAGAACACUUUCGUCCACUGUUACAGUGCGGUAUCAUCACUUUGUGAGGUAUUACCACGAUAUCAAUGACACCGAAUGGAUAUGUAGAAAUGGAUACUUUGCGUUGUUGCUAGACAAACUGGUUAGAGGUGAUCGAUUGGUAUGGAGUAAACAUUCGCUAGAUACUCUGUUCGAGCAUAGUAGAUCGUUGGGUAUUCAAUACUUCUCAACGCUUUUCGAACUGAUCGGGAGUAGGAAGCAACUUGGUCAUAUCUAUCGGUAUUGCUUGACACCUUCAGCCAUCGUCAGACACACCGAAUCGCUAUUAAAGAAUGAUGGUGACCUACAAGUGUUCUGCUAUUUCUACAAACAAUCUAUGACCUGUAUAACAACAAACUCUCUACUCAUAGCAAUAGAAAGUGGAAGUUAUCAAAUCAUAAACUAUCUUUAUCAUUAUAAUACAUCUACUUUUAUCGAUCUAUUAUUAUCUACAACAACAACAAAAAUUAAAGAUAAAAAGCUAAAUAUAUUACAAUUGGCAAUAGAAUCAAAAUCAAAAGAUAUGAUACUAUUUAUCUAUCAUAUAUUAAUUAAUAAUAGUAAUAUUAAUAAUAAUAAUAAUAGUAAUAACUAUAACAAUUCAAUAUCAAUUUAUUAUAUAUUAAAAUGUAUAGAUGAUCUACCAACUAUUAGAUAUCUAUUAGAUAAUAAUCAUAAUAAUAAUUUAAUUGAAUUCACAAAAAGUGAAUUUUAUUCUUAUAUAGAUCAUGCAAUACCAAUUGAUAGUAUUACAAUCAAUCAUAUAAAUAUUGUUAUUUAUAUAUUAGAAAAGUUUAUUGGUGUAGAGUUACCAUUAUUAUCAGAGAUUACCAAAAGAGUGAUUCAUCUUUCUUCUGGUAAUCAAUUGAUAUUGAAUCAAUUGGUAUUGUUUGAAUUAUUACUAUCAAAUUCAGACAUAUACAACUCUGUUACAAUUAAAUAUAAAGUUAAACAUUUAAUUUCACUUGGAUCUAUGGAUAUUACAAGAUAUCUAAUUGGAUAUAUCGAUAGAUUGCCUGUUCAUAUCAAACCAUUGCUAUUGGAGUAUUGCAGUGAAGUCGGUACCAUUGAACAACUCUGUUACAUCGAUUCAUUAGAUUACGCACAUAAUCUCGACUACGUACUGGAUCUUGCCAAUAGCUAUGAUAAGCUUGUCUAUCUCUAUGGGAAGGUGAAGAGACUGACCCAUCUCGCCGUAGAUAACGCAGCGUACAGAGGUGAUAUCGAUUCAGUAGCUUUUCUAAUUGGCCAUUGCCAGGCUCCUUUCCGUUCCGCCGUUUACACUGCAGCUUCGAAGCGACACCUGAACGUUCUGGAAUACCUACUCAACCAUCUGAAUAACCUUGACACUGCCACACCGACACCAUUCUAUUUCCACUAUAAUAAUUGCCAAUCGGUUGAAUUCUUGGUUACCAACUUUGCUAGACUCUCACAACUCUACCGAUUCCAAGAGAAUAUAAUUACCAUCGUAUUCCAAUAUGCUUGUUACUAUGGUUAUAAAUCGGUGGUCCUAUUUAUCAUUGAAUAUUACUCGGCGUCGGUUUGCAAUAGCAAUAAGUAUUUGGAGUUGGCUGUUAUGGCUGGUCAAGUGGAGAUACUCUAUAUCCUAAUGGAUUGGUCAGAGUCAACCAAUAGACUGAUCAUAUCGUCACAUUGGCAGUACUGUCUUUGCUUUGGUGAUAGAUCGUUCCACCAACGUGUCAUUCAGUAUUGUAAUAAUAACUUUGGAUCGAUACAGACCGAUCAUCUCUUCGAAGGAAUAUUCAUCAGAGGACAAAUCAACCUACUCCGAUAUCUUCAUCAAGAUCUUAAACUCAAACUACCACUAGAUAUCGAGUUGGCAAUAGUAAACAAUCAUAUUGAUAUUAUCGAAUACUAUCAAUACAAUCAACUAAAUUCGAAUAUACAACGUUUAGAGCAAAUAUAUAAUAAUGAUAACUUAAUAUUAUCGACAACCUAA